CUUCUACUCGUAAAACGCGAUAAAUUAAUGAAUAAAGUACUAAACUAUAAUAAUUUUGCGUAAAGUCAAACGAGAUAAUAUCGAUCAGCAGCAGGCUAUUUGUGUGGCUACUCUUUGAUUAAGAGUGUUGUUGCCUGAAUUACCUACUUAUUGGAAGAUGCAUAAUGUGUGCAGGACGUGCAUGGGUGAGUCGCCCAUGGUGAAUAUCUUCUCAGAUGUCAUUGAUCCGGCUCUCGAACAGCCGGAGCGAAAUCUCUCCUACAUUCUAAGUGAGUGCACCAAUCGCUCCGUUCGAAAGGAUGACAGCCAGCCGCAGUUCAUUUGCCUGGCCUGUCUCCAAGCCGCCCAGACGGCUUUCAGGUUCAAGCUACAAUGCGAUCGCAGCUACCAUCACUUCUGCGAGCUCCAGAAUAAGGAAUCCCUUGAUGGGGAUCAGAACGGCGAUAACCAGCAAGCUGGACACAAAGAAGCUCCUACAGCCGAAGAAUUCCGUUCUCAUUUGUCUCCGGCUAAGCGUGUUGGUACCAACGUCAGACAAAAAAUGCUGAGUCCGUCCGGUGAACGUAAAAGGAAACGAAAUAUCUACUAUGUCGAGGAUAAUCGCUUCGAGUGUCACCUUUGCCCAAACAACUAUAAGAACAGACAUGGCUUAAAGAGACACCUGCUCACCCACAGCUCCAAGCCGAUUUACAAGUGUCCCUCUUGUUUAAAGGCUUUUUGGCGGAAGGAUUCCUACAUAGGACACCUUCUUCUCCAUGGCAUACGCAGCCCGGUUUCCUGCAAACAAUGCCCCACGAUAUGUGCCGACGCCACUCAGCUGGAAAUACAUCAGCGGGAGCACAAUGGGGAAACAGUCGCAGAAAAAUGCCCUGUUCCAGAUGACCUCAACUUAGAGGCCAAUAAUGUCAAUAUCAACAAGGAAAAUAGCGUAGAUGUUAUAGAAAAGAAUCUCCCGCUGCUUGAAAAUGUCCACAAGAACUUAUGCGACCAUUGCUCCGACUCCUUUAUCCUAGAAGACGAUUUAAAAAUCCAUACAAUGCUAGUGCAUGAUUUAAACAUUUCGGAUUCUCCGGAGAAAUCCAAGGUGCUUGAUCUCGAGCCGAAACGUUUGGACUUUAGCCAGGAAGGCAACACAAACAAAGAUUUAAGCGUAGAAACCAGUGACGAUCCGACUUCAAGGCAUGAUGAAAGUGAAUUUGAUCAGAAUAACAUAUCUGGGCAAGACACGCAACCCCAUUCCAAAUUCUUAAUUAAGUCGUCUAGUUCUGAGGGGAAACCCUUCAAGUGUGCGACUUGCCAACGCUCGUACAAGAGCAAAAAGAGUAUGCUGGACCAUCAAGCCACUCACCUCUCCAGCCCAAAGCACCACUGUUCCAUAUGCUCGAAGGCUUUUUGGCUGAGAUAUAAGUUAAAGCGGCACAUGCGCACCCACGAAGAUGAGGGACCUCAUCCGUGCCGUCAGUGCUCGGCCAUCUUCAUUGACCGCAUUCAGCUGAAAAUCCAUCAGCGGGAUCAUGAAGGAAAAACAAGCGAGGACUCCGAAUCGGAGGGCAACGAUGUCAACAAGGACGAUAAUAAUAUCAAUAUGAUCAACGAUUCUGGAAUCCUGAAUCAUGUCAACGACACGAAUCCUACAACGAAAUCCACUACUAUAUUACGCGGGUUGGAUCCUGACCUGUACCUUAGUUCGGAAAGUAGCACCAUCGGCGAUUCUAGCACUCUUAGAAGUAAAAACAAUCAGUCUUCAAGGCAAAAUGAAAGUGGUUUCGAUCAGGACACAACUUCAUCUGGGCAGGCCGAGAAACGAACAAAGUUAGACAACUUGCCAGCUACUACCAAGGAAAAUAGCGUCGUCUGUCCCUAUUGCCAAUCUACGCACAACACACCACAAGCCAUGCGUCGGCACCUAAACACCCACAUUGAAAAGCCGGAGUACAAGUGCUCCGUCUGCUCUAAACAUUUUCGGAGAAAUGAUUUUUUGGCCAAGCACCUUCGCACCCACGAAGACAGUGGUGAGGGCGUACGGUAUUCCUGCGAUUUGUGCACGGCCGUAUUCUCCGAGAAAUACAGCUUUUUACAGCAUCAACGUAAAAUGCAUGAGAUUCGGACCAUUCUAAAAUGUCAGUACUGUUCAAAGAAAUACAAGUCAAAAAAAGCACUAGAAAAUCACGAAAAUAUUCGCAAGUGUGUUUAAAUCGCU